AUGUCGGUGGCCUUUGCAGCUCCCCGGCAGCGGGGGAAGGGGGAGAUAACCCCGGCUGCCAUCCAGAAGAUGUUGGAUGAAAAUAAUCAUUUAAUUCAAUGUAUUAUGGACUAUCAGAACAAAGGAAAAACUUCUGAAUGUUCACAGUAUCAACAAAUGUUGCACACAAAUUUGGUUUACUUGGCCACCAUUGCAGACUCCAAUCAAAAUAUGCAACCUUUAUUACCAGCACUACCUACACAGAACAUGCCUAUGGGUCCGGCAGGAAUGAAUCAGAGUGGCCCUCCACAGCCACCACGUUCACACAACAUACCUUCAGAAGGAAUGGUAGGAGGGGGCCCGCCUGCACCACACAUGCAGAACCAGAUGAACGGCCAGAUGCCUGGACCAAACCAUAUGCCUAUGCAAGGACCAGGACCAAACCAACACAAUAUGUCAAAUAGUUCAAUGCCUAUGCCUUCAAAUAAUCAUGGUUCCAUGGGAGGAUAUAACCAUUCUGUGCCAUCUUCACAAAACAUGCCAGUCCAGAAUCAGAUCAGCAUGUCUCAAGGCCAGUCAAUGGGAAACUAUGGUCCAAGACCAAGCAUGAAUAUGCAGCCAAAUCAAGGUCCCAUGAUACACCAGCAGCCUGCCUCACAGCAGUAUAACAUGCCUCAGGGUGGUGGACAGCAUUACCAAGGGCAGCAGCCGCCUAUGAGUAUGAUGGGUCAAGUUAACCAAGGAAACCACAUGAUGGGUCAAAGGCAAAUUCCUCCAUACAGACCUCCACAGCAAGGUCCACCUCAGCAGUACUCAGGCCAAGAAGACUAUUAUGGUGACCAGUAUAGUCAUGGUGGGCAAGGACCUUCCGAAGGCAUGAAUCAGCAAUACUAUCCAGAUGGUCAUAAUGAUUACGGUUAUCAGCAACCGUCGUAUCCUGAACAAGGCUACGAUAGGCCUUACGAGGAUUCCUCACAACAUUACUACGAAGGAGGUAAUGCUCAGUAUGGACAACAACAAGAAACCUAUCAAGGUCCACCACAGCAACAGGGAUACCCACCUCAGCAGCAGCAGUACCCUGGCCAGCAAGGUUAUCCACCCCAGCAGCAAGGUUAUGGUAUGUAUUAA